AGCCGCUGGCUGCGGGGCCUGCGGCGGGGCGGCCCCGGUUCCUCGGAAGCUCCUCGCGGUUUGUGCCAAUUCCUGCUCCGGGAUGUGCCGUGUGCUGUGCUGGAGUUUGUGGCACCAGUGAUCCCUGAGCAGCAGGAGGGGACGGCAAACAGCCCCUGGAUUUACCCCACGUGUCUGCAGCCCAGCUCUGGAACACCCAGCAUUCCCAGGCCUGCUGGAGGUGCUGCUGUGAAUUGCUCCACUAAUCACAGACUGCUGGGAAUGGGAGUCGCUCCAGCCCGGCCGUGCUGGCAGGAUGCUGCUCCCCCUGCUCUUCCCCCAGCGCUGCCGGCCCCUCCGCUGCCUCCUGUGGGACCUGUCCCGCUGCACAUGGGAUGGGAGCAGGGCUGGCUAUCCCCACAGGGCUCUGCACACAGCCCGGGCCACCUGCAGCAGUGACAUCACCCCUGUGUUCACCAGGGCCCCGGCUUUUGGGGACAAAGUGGCCAUCGUUGACCAGAACGGGGAGCACACGUACAGGGACCUGCUCAGCCGGAGCCUCCGCUUGUCCCAGGAGAUCUGCAGGGUCCUGCAGUGCCCCAGCAGGGAUCUGAAGGAAGAGAGGAUCUCCUUUCUGUGCCCCAAUGAUGCCUCCUACGUGGUGGCCCAGUGGGCUUCGUGGAUGAGUGGGGGCAUAGCGGUGCCCCUGUACAGGAAGCACCCGCUGCCCGAGCUGGAGUACGUGAUCCAGGAUUCCCAGAGCGCCCUGCUCAUCGCGGCCGAGGAGUUCCUGGGGAAAAUAACCCCCAGUGCCCAGAAACUGGGAGUCCCUGUGCUGCCCCUUCCCAAGUCUGGGGGUGGUGGAUCCACGAGCCCUGCAGCCACGGAGGAGGGGGCCUUGCCAAGCUGUUCCUCGUGGAAGGACAGAGGAGCCAUGAUCAUCUACACCAGCGGGACCACGGGGAGGCCCAAGGGUGUCCUCAGCACCCACGAGAACGUGCAGGCUGUGACCACUGGGCUGGUUGAGAAGUGGGAGUGGAAGAAGGAGGAUGUGAUCCUGCACGUGCUGCCUCUGCACCACGUCCACGGGGUGAUCAACAAGCUGCUGUGCCCGCUGUGGGUGGGAGCCACGUGCGUCAUGUUCCCGGAAUUCAACGCGCACACGGUGUGGAAGAAGCUCCUGAGCUCCCAAGCUCCUCGUGUCAAUGUGUUCAUGGCAGUGCCCACCAUCUAUGCCAAGCUGAUGGAAUAUUAUGAUGAGCACUUCACCCAGCCCCAGGUGCAGGAUUUUGUGCGUGCCUUUUGCCAGGAGAACAUCAGGUUAAUGGUGUCAGGCUCAGCAGCCCUGCCUGUGCCUGUCCUGGAGAAGUGGAAGAGCAUCACGGGGCACACCUUGCUGGAGAGGUAUGGGAUGACUGAGAUUGGGAUGGCGCUUUCUAACCCUUUGCAUGGAGUCCGUGUCCCAGGUUCCGUGGGCACCCCGCUGCCCGGCGUGGCAGUGCGCAUCGCCAGCGAGACCCUGAGCGGCGGCGCCCGCUCCUACAGCAUCCACGCCCAGGGUGAUGAGAACAGCACACAGGUGACCCCGGGCCUGGAGGGACAGGAGGGGGAGCUGCUGGUGAAGGGCCCCUCGGUGUUCCGUGAGUACUGGAACAGACCCAAGGAGACGGCGGACGCCUUCACGCCCGAUGGAUGGUUCCGGACAGGAGACACAGCAGCAUACAAGGAUGGAGUGUACUGGAUCAAGGGCCGCACCUCCGUGGACAUCAUCAAGAACGGGGGGUUCAAAGUCAGCGCGCUGGAGGUGGAGCGGCAGCUCCUGGCACACCCCCACAUCACAGACGUGGCAGUGAUCGGGCCGCCAGACGUGGUGUGGGGACAGCGGGUCAGCGCCGUGGUGAAGCUGCGCCAGGGCCAGAUGCUCUCCGUGAGGGACCUGAAGGACUGGGCCAGGGACACUAUGGCUCCCUACACCAUCCCGACAGAGCUGAUCGUGGUGGAGGAGAUCCCGCGCAACCAGAUGGGCAAAGUCAACAAGAAGGAGCUGCUGAAACGCUUCUACCCAGCCUAGUGCCCACCCGGGGGGCCUGGCCCUGAUCCACGGCAUUCUGCCCUGAGGAGGAGCCAAGGGAUCAUCCCUGGCAGCUCUGGGCUCACUGCCAGGUCCUUGAUUAAUGUCCAGUAAAAGUAGGAUUUGUCCCUCCAGGCUGAGCUGAGCCAGAGCUGCAGAGUUAGGGUUUCCUUGUGGGGAGCCCUUUGCAGGAAUCACAGAAUCACAGAAUGGUUUGGGUUGGAAGGGACCUUAAAGUCUGUCAGUCCCACUCCCUGCCAUGGGCAGGGACACCUCCCACUAGCCCAGGGUGCUCCAAGCCCUGUCCAGCCUUCCAGGGUUGGGGCAGCCACAGCUGCUCUGGGCACCCUGCACCAGGACCUUUCCACCCUCACAGGGAAUGACUUCCCAGCAGAAAUAAAGAAUAAAUAUAAAAUCAGACAUAAA